CUCGUCCAGGCGGGGCGAUGUGUUCGGGAUGGCGCCUGCGCGGAGAGUGGGGCAGGAUCGUACUCCCGAGGGAGCUGCGGGCCCUGUGUCCGUCACUUCUUUUUCUGUGCUUCUUGUGGGGCUUGAGUGACGGUCUGCACCUACUCGUCCUUCUAACGAUGCAUCCUGACUUGUCUCCACACUUGCACACUGAAGAAUGCAACGUCCUGAUUAACUUGCUUAAGGAAUGUCACAAAAAUCACAACAUUCUGAAGUUUUUUGGUCAUUGCAACGAUCUCGAUCGGGAAAUGAGGAAGUGCUUGAAGAAUGAGUACUCAGAGAAGAGGACUAGGAGCAGGGAGCACGGCGCUGCCAUGCGAAGGAGGCUUUCCGAUCCUCCAGAGGAAACUGGAAGAUAGGUCACUGGAUGCCUCGGCUGGGAGACCUGAAGAUGGCCGGUAGCCGGGGGGAAAAAUCCCUUCUUUUUGGCCUCUAGAACCUCUUUGAAUGAAAAGUACUCUAUGAAGAACUGAACCAUGGAGAAUUAUGAGAAUGUGGAUUCUCAGUACUUUCUGAACUUUAGUGCCAUGGCACUGUACCUGCAAGAGUUUCUUCUCCUGCUGCCCUGAAUCUGCAUCCACCCAGUCUUGACUCACCUCCUGCAAUAAAGUCACUGGACAGCGUGGUCCUCCCUUUCUUUAACCCUCUUGGGGCUAGAGGGAAGGUGGUGCCUGUAGGUUCCUCUGAUUGAGAACACGGUGGUUGAAGGUUACACAGUGAAGACACAAACUAACAUGGGAAUUCCAGGGAAAUUCCAGUAGAGUCAACUAUACUGAAGUUCCCUACUGUAUUGUUUUAAAGAGCCAUUAUCUGAAAGGUCAGGUAUUGCUAGUUAGUUUUCAAAUUAUGGAUGGGAAAUAUUUUUAAAGAAAUGGACCCGUAGUGACCACAUACAUGUUCCUUGCCAUUCUUUAAAUAAUACAGCACAGCUAUCACUUUACAGUCUAUUAGGCAUUAAGUAAGCUAGAGCUAGUGUGGCCACAGGUGGAAAUGUGUAGGUUUUAUGCAAAUAUUUUGCUCUUAAGGGGCUUGAGCCUUUGCAGGUUUGAGUAUAGAGCAUUCUAGAAAAAGCACUGGACCUCUGGAGUGAUGACUAAUGUGGAUAAGAUUGUAUCCAACUUGGGCCCCAUCAUUUGGUUGAAUGUUCUCACUAUUGGUACCAGUUAACUCCUGGGCUCUAGCCUAGAACCCCAGUGCCCUUCUUGUGUUUACCCCCAAUCCCCACCUCACGAAUACACUUUCCUGUGGUUUCUGGGCCUGCUGGAACCCGGCAAGUUCAUCCGCAGCAGAGUGUCUCAGGCCUUUUCAGGAGUUGCAAGACAGACCAAGCUAUAAGCUUCUCAUAGUGUUUGGUAUAUAUAAUGUUUGUAUGAGACCCCAUUGGUGUUUAAUAAAUGAUUUUCCUAUUGCA